AUGCUGCAAGCCACCGCAUCCUCACACCUUUUCUUCCUUCUUCCUACUAAUGCGCGAUCGUUACGCACAGCUCGUGGUGGUAUGCGUCGCCAUAAAGAUCAUAUGGCACGUAUUGCAAAGUUUAAAGCUAUGGUGCAGGAACAAGAGUUUGCGCGACAGGAGCAGCGUCGGCGUGUGAUGGAAGCGCGCAAUCAACCACCAGCAAUUCCUGCGUAUAUUCGCGUGCGUGACUUAGCAAAAGCGUUACGCCAGCCGUUGGACAAGGUGCUGAAGCGUACGGUGACAAAAACUAAUCGUCGUUAUCACUUUAAGACUACGACUCAUAUAUCCGCCGAGUUUCGUAGCGUAAAAGACAUUAUCCUUCCCUAUCGUGUCACACAAGAGGUAGCUGAAAGCUUUGGUAUUCAAAUCGCUUAUGAUGAUGUCGAGCCUAGUUUCUCGGACGUCAUGACAAGUUACACAAAGGAGUCAUUAGGUCGACGUCAGCCUGUUCUUGCUGUUAUGGGCCAUGUGGACCAUGGAAAGACGACGUUAAUGGAUACGUUGAGACGACAAACACAAGCAGAAUCCAAACAAAUUGCACCUUACGAGAAGCAUGGAAUUACGCAGAAAAUCAAUGUGUGCGAAGCAACGAUCAAACAUGAUAUGAAAGUUACAUUCUUAGAUACUCCUGGUCAUUUUCAUUUUUUUCGUAUGAGAUCGAAUGCUGCACAGGUUGCAGACGCAGUUUUACUUAUUGUUGCGGCUGAUGAAGGAGUUUUAAUGCAGACAGAAGAGUCGAUCGGGGCCAUUGAGGACGCUCAAUUGCCAACAAUUAUUUGUAUCAAUAAGAUCGACUUGCUUCAUGAUAGCGACAAACAGGUUGAGAAGAUUGUAAAAGAAUUGCGCUUGUUUGUCGCUUUGCAGAGAAGUCCCGUUUUAUUGAUUUCGGGGAAGACGGAAGUCGGUCUUGAUGAAUUAAAACAUACGAUUUGGGAGCUAGUGACGAAACUGGCUGACGAUCACAAGUUGGAUGCAGCUGUUGGAGCUGAGAUGAAUGCUGAAGGACUUGUGCUGGAAAGUGUGGCAAUUAAAGGACGUGGAACGGUGUUACGUGUGUUAAUAAAACAUGGCGAGCUGGUUGCAAAGCAGCACUUUGUAGCUGGCAUGAUCCAUGGUGUUGUGCGUACUAUGCGUGACGCUGAAGGUCGUCAUGUUGAGCGCGCAGUGCCGGGUACAGUUGUUGACAUCACCUACUCCAACAAGUCGAAGAAUGUGGAUGCCCCAAACGAACAUGGUUUUUUUGUAUUGUCUGAAGCUAGAGCGAAGCAGGUAGUUGAGCAGAGGGGACUUGCGUUAGAGUUUAAUGACUCUCGCUUACCGGAUGAAGAUGAUACGCAAACUACUGAUGCUGAAUACUCAACCGAACGUUCCGAUGAAAAUGAAGAAAUUACUUCAAAUGGUGAUCUCAUGACUGGCAAGGCUGAAGAAUACUCAAGUGGUGUCAUUAAUGAAAACGAGUUGGUCGAAACACAGUCCAUCAUUGUGAAAGCGGAUGGUGCAGGGUCACUCACUAGUAUUCAGGACACUGUUGACGAGAUUCCAGGCAUUUCGACUGUACGGCUUGGCAUCGGAAACAUUUCGACAAAAGACAUAGACGUUGCUAUCAAUGGCAAGUGCCCAAUUUUUGGCUUCAAUGUGAAGCUGCACACUCGUGAGGCAAAGUUGGCUGCAGAAAAAGGUGUUCGGAUUAUUUUACGCUCUACUGUAUAUGAAGUGAUUGAAGAGAUCACAAAUUUGACAAGAUAG